AUGAGCUUGACACAAACUAAUAAUCAGAAAAAACAAAAGCCUAAAUUACAGUUGGUUGUAAAUGUCCCAGAUGUACAACCUGAAAGUACUCAUUCAUCUGAUGGUUGGAAAUAACAAACUGAUAUAUUUUUUAAUGAGCCUAUGUAUUGUUUUAUUUGUUAAAGCAAGUGAUUAAUCCUUAUAAUUUUUGCAUAAUGGUAAAACAAUUGCAGAUGUAGCCUAAUUAAAAUGUGGUAGGAAAUAUUAAGAAGAUAGAGUACUUAAUUGAAUUAAUUUAAGUUUGUUGCAAUUCCUAAUCUAAAUAAAAAUGAAGAUCUAUAAUUCUUUUAUGCAAUAUAUGAUGGACAUGCAGGAAAUUCAGUAUCAGCCAUCCUUGAAAAUAAGCUUCAUGAAUAUUUACAAAAGGAUUGCAAUUUUGAAGAUAAUUUAGAGAAGGCUAUUAUAAAUAGUUUUGAGAAAAUGAAUCAAUAUAUCUUGGAUUGCCAAGAAGAGAAUUAACAUUUAGGUGGAUCUACAGCUUUAUGUGUGAUCAAUAAAUAGAAAGAUCUCUAUAUUGUAAAUCUUGGAGAUUCAGCAUGUGUUUUAAUUACAGAGGAAUAUGAAAUAGAGAAAUUGAAUUAGGAACAUAAGUUAAAUAGAGAAGAUGAAUUCAAAAGAGUAGAAUAAAUAGCUACAAUAUUAGAUAGACAGUAAGAUUAAUUAUUAAAUGUAGUUCUAUUCCUCGUAUAAAUGGAGAAUUAGCAGUUACAAGAGCUUUUGGAGAUAAGAAACAUCGUUAAUCUGGGUUAAUAGCAAUACCUGAAAUAAAGUUGCAUAAAAUUAGACAUAAUGAUAAAUAUUUGAUAAUAGCUUCUGAUGGAUUUUGGGAUGUAAUUUGAAAUUAUUAUAAUUUUAGAUUAUAAAGAAUGAGGAAUUAUAGUAAUUGAUUGAAAACUGGAAUAGAUAAGAGAUUGAUUAAUUAGCCUAAUAUCUACUUGAUAAGGCAUCAUCAAAAAAUACUAAUUUUAAAAAGGAUAAUAUGACUUUAAUUGUUGUAGAUAUACAAUCUUAUUGGAAAUGA